AUGUAUGCUAGAAAUCACAACAUCAUGACAAACAUGGCGCCUGUUUGUGGCGGAGAGCAGUGGAGAAAGGAACGAGAAAACAUCACUUUCGCCAAGUACCUCCAUGAUUUCGACUACAAAACUGCCAUGUUCGGAAAGUACCUAAACGAAUACGACGGAAGCUACGUUCCAACAGGUUGGGACACCUGGCAUGGGCUUGUCCACAAUUCUCGCUACUACAACUACAAAGUUCGCGUCCACGGCUGGUCAGAGAACAACACGGACAUUCAAGAUCCGAACAAUUCCUUCAUCGAGAAACACAAAGACUUACCGCUUGAUUAUUUUACAGGAAGGCCAGAUGUUAUUGCCAAUCGGUCUUCCCAAUGGGUGCAGGAUCAACACCGGCUAGAUCCUGACAGCCCAAAAUUAUUAGUUGUUAACUUUCCCGCACCACAUGGACCAGCAGAUGCAGCUCCGCGACAUACCGACGAAUUUGAAUAUCACGACGAAUCGCAUUUGAAAAAGUCUGGCGCGUUUAAUAAUGUCGACGAUAAUGAGAAUAGAAAUUGGUUCCUCCGAGACACCAAGGAAAAACUUACGACCGAAGAGCAGCAAUUUGGAGGGCAACUCAGGCGAAAACGAUUACAGUUUCUCAAAACUGCCAGAUCCGGAGCAAUAAAUUUCCUCGGAAACGCUUUUAUCGCUCGACGAAGCCGUCAAAAGGUCUAUUUUACGUUCAAGAACUUGGGAAUUUUGGAGAAGACCUACAUGAUCUUCACUUCUGACCAUGGAUUCCACAUCGGCCAAUUCGGCAUGGUAAAAGGCAAAUCAACCCCUUACGAGUUCGACGUCCGCGUGCCCAUGUACGUGCUGGGCAAAGACAUCAAGCGCACCACUCAGUCCAACGUCGUCCUCAACAUUGACCUUGCCCCGACGAUUUUGGGCCUGGCGUAUCUGAUGCCGCCGAAGCACAUGGACGGGAUGAGCAUGGCCGGCGUCUGGCGAGGCAAGUACGAGCAGACGCGCGACCAGUUCAUCAUCGAAAAGCACGCUUCGAUCAUCAGCCGCGGUUCAGCAGCAAGCGCAGUGGCUAGAUUCGACAAAGACAAGCAGAUCCGCGAGUUUUGCUCGCAAAUGGACGAGCCGCUGGGUUCAUGCUCCGCGGAGAAAGAGUACAAGUGCUCGCAAAACGAAGAGACGGGCAAGUGGAAAGUUCAAACUUGUAAACUGCCCGGAUUUAUUCACCCGGGAACUGGACAAUGUAACUGCGACGAAGAGUGGGUUAAUAAGAUCAAACCGAAUAGGCGACCUCAACGGGACACAGCGCGAAAGACGGACAGUUCGAGCAAAGUCAGUAGAUCACGCCAGAAGCGACGAAAUCAUAAAAAUGAUCGAAGAUCGAGCCACCCAAGCAGGAAGUCGCGCAGGAAAAUGAAAGAUGCCCUGGUCGCCGCUGAAAACGAUGAUCAAAAGGGCAAGAUCGGAAGCAUAAACGACUUGAAGGCCUGUUCGAUCCAAGAAAAUCGCGUCAGCUGCGAUCACGUUUCUCCGCGGGAAUGGCGACAAGACUUGAAUUUGGUCAAAGAAAGGAUUGAAAUGCUCAAUCAGGAGAUGCAGUUUUACGAGCAAGCGAAGAAACAACUUUUGCAGCAGAAAAAAGAGCGCAAAUUGUCCGACUUUCAGAAGACUUGCAAAAAGGAUGGAAUGAGCUGCUUUACUGUCGAUGAUAAAUACUGGACUGUCGAACCAACUUGGAAAGGCGAUCCCCAGUGUCACUGCUCAAUGACGUCCGUGCAAGGCUACUCUUGUCUUCGCAAAAUCGGCGCCGAAACAAGAAGCGCGAUUCCUUUUGUUGAGGACGAUUCUUCGGAAGACAUGGCGUACGACAACUUCAUCUACUGCGAAUUUUACCUCCAUCAGCGAAAGAGCGAAAACCCAGACGAUUUCGAGGUGUUUUACGAGUACUACGAUUUAGACGAAGAUGAGGACCAGCUUUUAAUGCUUUUCAAACUCUUCCAGAAGACCGGAAAGAAGCUCUGA